AUGACUGAAGAGCAAGAAGGCAGUCCCAAAAGACUUUUGCAGGUAAGGAGCGCUGGGCUGGGCGCCCUGGGGUCGGCUGGGAGAGGCGCUCGGGCUGUGUCGCCGCCGCCGCUCCUGGCUGGCUCGGGCUUCAGAUACCCAGUAGCCCCCUUCUCUCUUCUUGCUCCUGCAGGGGUGGUUUGGGCGAGAGGAGCAGCCAAAGCAGAUGAAACUACUGACUCGCUGUCUGAAACACUGAGUGAAACUACUCUGCCAUUAACUAUAGAAGGCAGUUCUGUACACACAAGCAGUGAGGGGCCUAAGGAAUCGGUGCAAUAUAGGACUGCGGAAAUUGCUGAUGCUAUGAUGGGUAGCAGCGUGCCUGCUGGUCAGCCUGUAGUAUUAUCAGUUAUUCCAGGUGAGACAAAGGAUACAUUUGUCUCUGAGUCGGACACAGGCACCUGUGAUGCAGCAGUUGAUGGUGAAUGCAGUGCACAGGGUAUUGGUGCAUCCUUGGCACAGCCUGGAUUUCAUGCUCAAGAGCAAAUAAGAGACCCAACUAUAGUACUGGAGGCAGUGCAUCCUUCACCCACAGAAGACUCUAAUAGCACAGAUGCUAUGAAAACUCCCAAAGUCAAUUGUGAGGAAAGAAAUAUUACAGGGAUAACAAAUUUCACGUUACAAAUCUUGAAUAUUUCCCAAGAUUUAAUGGAGUUCUUAAAUCCAAAUGGCAGUGAUUGUACCUUAGUCCUCUUUUAUACCCCUUGGUGCCGCUUCUCUGCCAAUCUGGCUCCUCACUUUAACUCUUUGCCUCGAGCAUUCCCAACUCUUCAUUUCUUGGCCUUGGAUGCUUCUCAACACAGCAGUUUAUCAACCAGGUUUGGAACUGUGGCUGUUCCUAACAUCCUUCUCUUUCAAGGAGCUAAACCCAUGGCAAGAUUUAACCACACAGAUCGAACCUUGGAUACACUGAAAGCAUUCAUUUUUAAUCAGACAGGAAUAGAGCCCAAGACUGACGUGUUGCUGACUGAGGAAGAUCAAGCAGGUCCCCUGCCUAGCACAUUGACUAGAGGAGUAGAUUGGCUCCUUUUGUUUUCUUUACUGUUUCUCAUCAGUUUCAUAAUGUAUGCUACUGUUCGGACUGAGAGCAUCCGUUGGUUAAUACCUGGCCAAGAUCAAGAGCACCAGGAAUGAUCUGUGAAGUGAAAACUUUAUGCUUUCAGAACAAGUUAAACUACAUAAAAUUGUAUGGUGGAGCGACUCCUUGUGAUUUAUUAUUAGCCCAAACUCUUGUUCAUCACACAUUAAAAGUCACAGAAAAAUUGUGGUAA